ACUUGGAAACAAUUGGAACAAAAUUGUAGACUGACGAUAACCACAAAUAUCCGCAUUUUGCUAGGCGUGCUAACGAUUCUGCUCGCCGCCUAACAUAUACAUAUCCUUUAGAUAUAUUCCUGCCAACCAGUAACGUUUAUUAAACAAAUAUUACAUUGGAAUCAAUUCUGGAAUUGGCACUGUCAUGGUAUUAGCUGUCAGAAAUGAAAGUAGAAAAAUCCAAACAAGGAAUGUUACUGCUGGUUUGAGUUGAAAUCUGUUUCUUUGGCUACUGACUGGCCGGAGCUAUCUGUCUUGUCUGUCUCUCUCUCUCUCUCUCUCCCUCUAUCUAUCUAUCUAUCUAUCACUUGUCCACCUUCGUUUGUUUCCGUAGAAUUUAUCAAAUUAGAAAAUGCAUUUCCGUAGAAUUUAUCAAAUUAGAAAAUGCGUUUCCGUAGAAUUUAAACAAAUGAAAUUCAGUUUAAACUUUAUAAAUAAAUAUAUUUCAUUUCAUGUUCAGUUUAAACUUUAUAAAUAAAUAUAUUUUUGCAUUAUUCAUUAUUGUUUUUAAAAACAAAUCACAUACACCAAUCAGCACUACCACCACGCGUAAUCCAAAGUUGGAAUUAAUCAUCGCGAUAUUGCCAUCGCCACAACAGAAAAUAGUAUUAAUUGGCUUAAGAGACAUGGACUUUUAAAUACCCCCAAAAUAUGCCCCUCGUGUGGAGCUAGCAUGAUGGAAGUAGCCAUCUAAUUUGAUAAAUUCUACGGAAACAAACGAAGGUGGACGAGUGAUAGAGAGAUAGACAGACAGACAGACAGAUAGAUAGAUAGCUAGCUAGCUAGCUAGAUAGAUAGCUAGCUAGCUAGCUAGCUAGAUAGAUAGAUAGCUAGCUCCGGCCAGUCAGUAGCCAAAGAAACAGAUUUCAACUCAAACCAGCAGUAACAUUCCUUGUUUAGAUUUUUCUACUUUCGCUUCUGACAGCUAAUACCAUGACAGUGCCCUGGAAUUUAAUUGAUGCAACUUUCAAAGAGAAAAAAAGUUGCAGGUGGAAAUAUUAAAUAUUUUUAAUAUUUCCUUCUUAAUCUCGCACCUUGUCAUACAUCUUAUAAUAGUUUGGGCGCGAACACGCAUGCGCAAUGUAAACUCUGUCCAUGGCGGGUAACUUCAAUAUUGUUUGAAUGUCUCUCUAAACAUUUGAAUUAAGUGUUGUUGAUUUGGUCAUUGAAGAAUCCAGUUGACAUUGCAGUACUUUGCAUGGGCCUAAGGCAGUUAGAAUUCUUUUAUUGCUGAAUCAUUUUAAGAUAUGGGUCGGAAGAAAGAAACACCGGUCACACAAAAGUUGAAAACUCUGAAGGGAUCACCUGACAUUGUUCUGGAUGCAGAUAGUCCCAAAACAGAAAAACCUCAAGUUGUAAAGCGCAGUAGUAGUAGGGUUCGCAAAAUUCAGUCAAAUUUUUCUGAGAUAACUCAAAACAAAACAACCAAAGCAAGUUCUACAAUGGCCAUUUUAAAUACAGACAUGCCCAAGGAAGUUACUUCUGAAUUAUCCCCCAAAAUGUUUUACAGUAAGAGACGGUCAAGUAGAUCUGUUAAAUCUGUUGGUAAGGGUGACAGCACAUCUAAUAUUCCAAGCCGUGUAACUCAGGCUAAGAAGACAAUUCCUUUGAAUGAAAAUGAUGAAGAUUUGAAGGAAACUGAUGAUGCUGUGGCUGGAAUUUCUCCCAAGUCAUUCUAUAGCAGAUCUAGGAAGCGCUCACAAGUACAGCCUGUGCCUAAGGAUCUUAGUAAGAAACUGAAGCAAACAGAAAAACCCAUUGGCUCAAGGCGUUCAAGUACCAAACAGCAAUUUGGUGAACUGGUAGCAGAACAAAUUCCUAAUGAACUUAGCAACAAUUCCAAAGAUAAAAAAUUGUUUCCUGUUGCUGAAGUUUUAGAAUCGGUUGUGAAUGAUGAUUGUGCUAUCAGCAAAAGUGUGGCUUCAAAACAAACUAGAGUUAGCAGAAUAAAGAAUAACAGUUCUAAAGUCCCUGAUGGCAUUGCAUCAACAAAAAAAGCCCCUGAAAUGACUGUUAAAAAAAGGUCUCUCAGAAUUUCAACAAAUACUCCAAUACAAACCAGCUCUAAAGCCACAGUAUCGAAAAGAAAAAAUUCUGGUUUAACAAUUGCUGAAAUUGUUGCUGAGGUGUCUACUGAAGGGGCCAGUGGAUUAAAAUCAUCCAGUUCUAACAUAAAGACUGAUUCUUCUACUUCAUCAGUCAAGAGCAGUGAUGCUGCGGAAGAAGGGAAACCAAAUCUAGGUGGUUCUCUGAACACUGCUUCUGCUGGGAACUGUACUUCAAAGAAUACAAAAAGGAAAACCCCAAAGAAAUCCUUGUCGAAAAAAGCAUCUGGUUCAGCUGAAAGUGAAUGGGACAAAUCUCUUCUACUUGUAACUGAUGAAUUGGACUCCAGUAAAAAUGUGUAUGACUUUGAAGAAUUUCAAGUGGGAUCAUCCCAAGGUUCAGGUAGAAAAUCUACUUCCCGACAAAAUACUAACAGUGGACUCCAAAGUUCAAUGGACAAAAAAUUAUCUGUGAAGAAAAUGGCAGCAAUAAAAGCUGUUUUCAAUGACAAAAAGAAAAAAAUUCCCACAGGCUCAAAGAAGGCAAAAGUGAAUAAAACUACUAAGAAAGUACAACCAAGCAAAAAUAACCUUGGUAAGCAUAUUGCUGUGAAUAAAGCUGUUCCAGUAAAUGGAAACUGGGAUCAAACUGAGGAAUGCAAAGUUCCUGUUGUUGAUAAAAUGUCUGUCACACCUGCAGACCAGUUACUUAAUGGGGUUGUCAGUUUUAGGGAAAUAGAGAAAGUAAAGGCAAAGAAACACAUAGAAAAUAAAAUUGUAUCAAAAAUUAACCCCAGUACAAAUCGGCAGGGUGCUAUGACUGUUACUGCUGAAUCCGGUUCUAUUUGGCCUGGUUUAAAUGUGGCUGUACCAACAAAGUAUACGCAGUUGAAACGGUCACCAAUGGAGGGACCACCUGCUCCUGACAUUCGAAAGGUGCAGCAAACAGUGUUGCCAAAAUGUCUACCUCCCAUUUUAAAAAACACUGCUUCUGAUAAGAAAAUUGGUGCUAAGAAACCCCAAUUCCCUGCAUCAGGUUCCAGUAAAAAGCAGAUUGUUGAGUGUGAUAAUCCUGGAUUGAUUUUAAACAAUCCUCCACCUAUUGGAGACACUAACAACCACAUUGAUCUUUUCACCUAUCCUGUACCUAUCACUAAAAAGAGAAAAGUAAAGACUGAUCAAAGUGGAAAGUUAAAAGAGAACAAGGGAACUCCUUCGAAAGGUUUCAUGGACUUCUUGUAUGCUGGCAGUGUGAAACGUUACUUGAAACCUUUGAAGCAACCAGUUCCUGAAAAGCCGGAGACAUCUCCUGCAGCGGUCAUGUUGCCAAAAUUUCUCACUACAGACACCUCAACACCAAAUACAUCUUUGGUUACUGACAAUGUACCUGCUGCAAAGGAUUUUGGAGCAGACACUUUUUGUAUUUCACCUGUUAAAGAAUUUCAGUCACCUGCAUCGAUGCGCACAUAUGCUCAUGUCUCACGUCGCAGUAGUUUACAAUCUCUCUUCACAUCACGCAUUAAUGGAGAUCAUUGUAUUGAUGGGAAUAGUGUAUUGCAAGAAAAGAAAAAUUGCAAGUCAAAAGUAAAGAAUAAAGAACCUGUCCAAAAGAAUGGAGAAAUGGAAAAGUGGGCUGAACGCAUGAGUGAUGAAUUUGAUGAAAUUGAGAACUUUGAGCUAAGUAUUGAGGAAUAAGCAAAGCCUUAUAUAGUAUUGUAACUGGAUUUUUAGUUUAUACAUAUACAUGCUUAUACAAACGUACAUUCAUACAUAUGUAUAUAUAAGGCAAACAGAAAAUUCUGUUCCAUUUCGCUGUUAUGAAAGUGUUCACUAAGUUGGUUAUGUAUGUUUUUUUUUUUUUUAAUUUAUUGUUGAUUUCUGAAAAAAUCUUGUAUAAAGUUUUGGUGGACAAAAUUACAAUUUUUUUUUUUCCUGUACCCUCCAAAUUACUUUUCAGAACUUUCUUUUGCUUUGAAUCAAAACAGCAGAAAAGUACACACACACACACACGUAAUAAAAACAAGGAACUAUAAAAGAUAGGCAGUUAGGUGUAAUAGUAACUGCGUGGUAAUUAAUAAUUGAGCACGAAGAACAUCUCAUUCAUACCUGAACAUAAAGCAUUUGUAUUUUUGUGUGUAUAUAUGUGUAUAUACAUACAUUCAUACAUACAUAAAAUAUAGGUAUGUGUAUUUACACACACACACACACACGCAUAUAUGUAUAUAAUUACUGAAAUAUAAAUAUAACACACACACACAUAUAUAUAUAAAUAUGAUAGAAAAUAGAUUUUCUCUGAGGAAAAUAUUCUUUCUAAAGUGGGAUGUAUUUUAUCAUUUGUUUGAUGUUUUGUUAGUCAUUGUAUAUACCUUAACAAAUAUUUUCCUUGUAUCUCCACCAAUCAUAACUCACAUUUAAAGAUUUUUAUGUAUAGAUUAUUUAUAUUCUUAUUAUAAUCUGAAAUUUAUAUUCUUAUUAUAAUCUUCAAUUGAAUUGGUAGGGUAUCAGAGAAAAUGUAUGGCAAUAUUUAGUGUAUUCAUUUUACAUUCUGAAUUUAAAUCUUGCCAAGAUUGACUGAUGUUUCAUUAUAUCAAAAGUUGAUAGUUUUCAUUCAAAUAGUGUGAUUAAUUAUAUUUCACCAUUAUCUCCCAUAAAAAUACAUGGCUUCAUGUUUGUGCAAAAGACCUUUUCAUUUCCAUCAAAUUCUCAUAACCAAAAUAUUUAUUAACCAGUUUGAACCAUCAUCAUUUAAUGUCUGUUGUCUUUGCUGGCAUGGGUUAGACAGUUUGACCAGGGUUAGCAAGCUGGAAGGCUGUAGCAAACUGCAGUCUGAUUUGGCAUGGUUUCUACAGCUGGAUGCCCUUCCUAACGCCAACUGAUAUAUUACCUUAUUUGGUGACAGGAAGGGCAUCUGACCAUAGAUAAUCUGCCUUAAGGAAUACUGUCUGAUCCAUGCAGACAUAGAAAAGUGGACAGUGAUGGUGGUGAUAAUAGAUAAAAAUCUGUGCUCCCAUAAAAAAAAAAAUAACUGCAUAUAUAUUUCUUCACCUGAAAUAAUAUUUUUAUUCAUUUUGUAGUCUGUUAAAGGGAUUUGAGUAUCUGGGUAUAUAUAUUUUUUUUAUUGUGAAUUCAAAACUAGUGUAUAAAGAUGCAAAUAUGCAAUUACCCUAUCUACUUACAGAGCUAAACAAAUUACCCCCCCCCCCAAUUUAUGAUGUGCUUUAGAUACACGUUAGCAUAAAUAUUAAAGCUCCAUAUUUAUGCCAUGUUAAACUCCUGUAUUCUUAUAAUGGUUGUGUGUCUUGUUGGUCAAGAACCUCAUAAAACAAUUGGUGACUGUGUGGCACAGGCAUGGGUGUGUGAGAAGAAGCUUCCUUCCCUGCCACAUGGUUUUAGAUUCAGUACUACUACUAACACCUUGGGCCAAUAUCUUCUACUAUAGUCUCGGGCUGACCAAAGCCUUGUGAGUGAAUUUGGUAGAUGGAAACUGAAAGAAGCUUGCCGUAUACAUACAUAAACAUGUGUGUGCCUUUGUGUUUUCCCCCAGUGACGCUUGACAACCGGUGUUGGUGUGUUUACGUCCCUGUAACAUAGUGGUUCAGCAAAAGAGACUGAUACAAUAAAAUACCAGGCUUUAAAAAAAAAGUCCUGAGUACUGGAGUCAAUUCAUUCGGCUAAAAAUUCUUCAAGGUGGUGCCCCAGCAUUGCCAUAAUCUAAUGAGUGAAACAAAAGAUAAUGGGAAAAAGCAAAACUUGAUAUUUUGAACCUUUCGUUACGUUUGCUUAUGUUCAUAAAAUCAUCUCAGACAGAAUUAUCAAAAUUUAAUAAAUAAGACUAAUAAGAGCAAUAAUAUCCAAGUUUAGGUCUAAAUAAAUAGGCCAGGUUGAUAAUGGCAAAAUACAUUCACUUUAGAGAUAUCAAAUUGCAAAUACAGAAAGCAUGAAAGAAGUUCAAGAUUAUUUGAGUCGUAACUGAAUUGAGGUAGUUAGACUGUAAGGCACCACCACCAUGUGAGGAGUUAUUUUCAAGGAUGCAGUGGCCUCAAACAGACAAGUAUAUGAUAAAUUCUUACCAAUGAUAACAUGCUUGUGCUGGUGGCACAUUAAAAGCACCCAGCACACACUAUAAAGUGGUUGCAUUAGGAAAGGCUACCAGCCAUAGAAACUAAAUCAAAUCAGACUGGAGCCUGAUGCAGCUCUCCUGCUUACCAACUCCAGUCAAACUGUCCAAUCCAUGCCAGCAUGGAAAAUAGAUGUGAAAGGAUGAUGAUAAUGAUGAAUAACAUGCAUAAAAUAUAAGUGUGUGUGUAUGUGUAUAUAUAUAUAUAUAUAUAUAUAUAUGGUUGGCGUUAGGAAGGGCAUCCAGCUGUAGAAACUCUGCCAAAUCAGAUUGGAGCCUGGUGUCACCUCCUGGUCCACCAGUCAGUCAAAUCGUCCAACCCAUGCUAGCAUGGAAAGCGGACGUUAAACAGCGAAGAUGAUGAUGAUAUAUAUAUAUAUAUAUAUAUAUAUAUAUAAUAAUGAAGUUAUAAACGAGAACUUAAAACAUGCAUAGAUAAUUUAUUUUAUAUUUUAUAAGUAAAUUACUUGUAUGUCUGCAUUAAUAUAAACAAUCUUUAAUACAGAUUUUAAGCUAGCUCAUCUGGUUAGAAGAAAUCCAUGUUAAACAAUAAUCCCUCGACAUAACUUCAUGAAACAUUAAGGGGCUUUCCUUAUGAAUACUACCGGAUUAAUUGAAUAUGUUUAUUGCGACUUAAGUUUAUACACAUACAUGUUCACACUUAUACACACACCAUACAUAUAGAUAAACCAGAGGAUAUAUGUAUACAAACAACUGACUACUUACAAUUGUGAGUGGAAACUCACUACAGUGCAAGCAAAUAGCAGGAGAAAUCUUCAGAGGAAGAACCCCUGUGAAACAAAUGUCUCAGCAUAUUAAUUCUUAGCACUCUAAGGCAACCAGGCCCACCUUGGUAGUGAUUCUUAGGUGUCCUCUUGCUGUUAUUUAAAUGCAACCUUCAUUGUGAGAUUGAACUCAACCUUUGCAUGAGCUUACUGCUUGGCCACACAGACUAUUGCUUGAACAUGGACCGUUUCAGACUGCGUUUCCUUCUUCCUAUGUUUAGUGGCUGGAUUUUUUCUAAUUCCAUCUGCCAUUACUUUUUGCCCCAAACCACAUUGAGCUCUUCUCAGCUAUCUGUGAUAGGCAUUUCCAUGUCCCUAUUCUUUUGCAACCUUUGGUUCUGAGCUAACCUAAUUAUUAGCACAUGAAUGCUACAACAAACACCUGUGCACCAACUCCCACUGCCUUUACUGUGCAGCAGUACUCCUCUUUUGUUAGUUCUUUCCUCAGGUCAUUUGUACUUUCUCAUCUUGAAUUAGUGUUGUUCCUCUAGUCAACUUUCAUAAAGGACUGUUAACUCAAACAAGAUGAUUCAGGCAUCUGAUUUCCAACACAGGUCGAUAUCUGGUCUUCGUCCUUUCAGAUUUUUCUUUUACCUGAAUUACCUAGUUCCUUAAGGCUGGUAUUAAAAACAGCCUUGCUGAAAUUCAAAGCAUCAGGGCUGUUUAACUAUAUAUCCACAAAUGUUGAUGUUUAUCGACUAGAGUAGGUAAAAUCUGUUAGAUGUUUUGGUUGUGUACAAAUCCUUUGUUAUUGCUGUAUUAUUUGUUUUGCUAAUUCCUAAUUUAAUGCUAGAUUGUAUGCCAUUACUUUCUCUAUUUGAAGCUGCUAGACUGGUGAUUGAGCAUGAUAGUUUUACCAUGUACUUGUUAAAUAUCUGAUGCUAUGUACAUUGUAGAAGAAAAUUCCAUUCAAGUAUCUCUAAGAAAAUAUUUGGUAUUUAGUGUUUUCAUUUCAUAUAUAAAAGUGGAUUAUACUAAGUAAUAUUUCUCUUUCUGUUAUAUCUUUUUGUACAGUGUCAAAACAGAUUAGAGCCAUUUGUAUUUUCAAGGUUACAAUGUCUUACAAGAGUCCACAUCAACAUGUUUUCAUUAAGCAUGUGUUUAUUCAGCAUUAUCUUACUUGUAGCCCUUGUGUUAAUUUUACUAUUUUUAACACGUCUACCUGUAUGUAUACUAUCAGUUUAUAUUUAUUCCUUUUGGCUUCAGGUACAUCACAUGUUUUACCAUUAUGUGACAGAUUACCUCCAGAGUUAUUUGGUUAAUGCUAUUCUGUUUUGUUAGCUUUCCACUCAAUGAGUAAUUAUCCUCUAUACCAGCAGGUUGCUAUUCCUUAUAAGUGAGUAAUUAAUAAUAUCUCAAUCAGGAACAUGCCCUCUUGAAGAUAGAAUCUGUGAGUUAUUUGCUAUACAACUAUUAUUAUAGGAACCAUUACUUGCAUUUCCUGUUAUAUUUAACUCAUUAUAAAGAUCCAAACCCCAACUGCAAGCUACUGCAGUUCCAUGUGAUUGGUCUAUAAAUUGACCAAUCAGUGUGAAGCUGUUGCAUGAUAUGACUUCUCAGAUGUUAUAAAAUUUUACUCCCUUUGCACCCUAUAAAAGCUGUUUGAUGCCUAACUUACCAAAUGGCCUUGGACAUUUGCACAGACAACUUUGGGAAGUCGGAUCAGUUUUGACCACUCAUACAUGAUGUCUCAUAGGUAGCUUUCUCUGGACACAAUAUGGCUUUCUCUCCUCCCAGUCAGCAAAUAUAUUAUCAUCAUUUGUUGUAAUUGGCCAACGCAAUCAUGUCUGGCAAUAAAAAUUAAAGGUAAAAGUUC